UGGUGAAUUUCUCUCCAUGUCCAUCUCGGAAUUACUUUUUGGUGACUGGCUGAUGCAAUUGCCACAAUUUUAGCUAUUGCACUCAGAAGGAAAUGAUACAAACAUUUACCAGUUCUAACUUGGAUAACGGACAUUGUUCCCAGCUUACCUUAAUAAAAGCCUUAUGAGAAAGAGAGGAAAACGACAGCAAAAGCAACACAAUGACAUCGGCCACAGAUUUUGAUAAUGUAGAGAUUCAACAGCAGUAUAGCCAUGUCAAUGCUCGGUGGGAACUCUCUGAUGAAGGUGAACUGGAUAAUGACAACAGCUCGGCAAGAUUGUUUGAACGUUCCAGGAUCAAAGCUCUUGCGGAUGAACGUGAAGUUGUGCAGAAGAAGACCUUCACCAAAUGGGUGAACUCUCAUUUGGCACGUGUGACUUGCCGCAUUACUGACUUGUACACUGACCUUCGGGAUGGCCGCAUGCUGAUUAAGCUGCUGGAGGUUCUGUCUGGGGAGCUACUGCCAAAGCCAACGAGAGGUCGGAUGCGUAUACAUUGCUUGGAAAAUGUUGACAAGGCUCUCCAGUUUCUCAAGGAACAGAAGGUGCACCUGGAAAAUAUGGGGUCACACGAUAUUGUUGAUGGGAGCCACAGACUGACACUAGGACUUAUUUGGACCAUCAUUCUUCGCUUCCAGAUCCAGGAUAUCACAGUGGAAACCGAUGACUAUAGUGAGACUCGGUCAGCAAAGGACGCACUUCUCCUUUGGUGUCAGAUGAAAACAGCAGAAUAUCCUAAUGUAAACAUCAGAAACUUCACAUCAAGCUGGAAAGAUGGCUUAGCAUUUAAUGCCCUUAUCCACAAACACAGGCCUGAUUUGAUUGAGUUUGACAAACUGAAAAAGUCUAAUGCCAUGCACAACUUACAGAAUGCCUUUGAUGUCUCCGAGAGGCAUCUGAAUGUGACCAAACUGCUGGAUCCCGAGGAUGUCUUUACAGAGAAUCCAGAUGAAAAAUCAAUCAUUACCUAUGUGGUGGCAUUUUACCAUUAUUUCUCCAAGAUGAAGGCAUUAGCAGUGGAGGGGAAAAGGAUUGGCAAGGUGCUGGAUAGUGCAAUUGAAACCCAGAAAAUGAUCGAGAAAUAUGAAGAGUUGGCAUCUGACCUGCUAACGUGGAUCGAGCAAACCAUCAUUGUCCUGAACAGUCGGAAGUUUGCCAACUCAUUGACUGGGGUGCAGCAGCAGCUGCAGGCCUUCAACACUUACCGCACAGUGGAAAAACCUGCAAAAUUCCAGGAGAAGGGUAACCUUGAAGUACUGCUGUUCUCCAUCCAGAGCAGGAUGAGGGCAAACAACCAGAAAGUGUACACACCACAUGAGGGCAAACUUAUCUCGGACAUUAAUAGAGGCUGGGAAAGACUGGAGAAGGCAGAGCAUGAACGUGAGCUGGUCCUCAGGAAUGAACUGAUCAGGCAGGAGAAACUGGAGCAGCUUGCCCGCCGUUUUGAUCGCAAGGCCUUUAUGAGGGAGACCUGGCUGUAUGAGAAUCAACGACUGGUGUCGCAGGAUAAUUUUGGCUAUGAUCUUCCAGCUGUGGAAGCAGCAAUGAAGAAGCAUGAAGCAAUUGAGACAGAUAUCGCUGCCUAUGAAGAACGUGUGCAAACCCUUGUGGAUGUGUCUCAGGAGCUGGAGGCUGAGAAUUAUCACGACAUUACACGUAUUAAUGCCAGAAAAGAAAACAUCAUGCGCCUAUGGGAGUAUCUUUUGGAGCUGCUUAAUGCUCGGCGAGCGAGGCUGGAAAUGAAUUUAGCCCUUCAGAAGAUUUUCCAGGAGAUGCUUCACAUUAUUGACUGGAUGGAUGAAAUGAAAAUACGACUUUUAUCAGAGGAUUGUGGUAAACAUUUGAUGGGUGUCGAGGACUUGCUCCAGAAACAUGCGCUGCAGGAAGCUGACAUUGUGGUUCAAGCAGACAGAAUGAAAAUCAUCAAUGCAGAAGCACUCAAGUUUACUGAAGGAGAAGGUUACACACCCUGUGAUCCCAAUAUAAUCAGGGAUCGUGUCAAUCAUCUGGAACUGUGCUAUGAGGAGCUUUGUACGUUGGCAGCUGAAAGGAAAGCCCGCCUUGAACAAUCACGCCGGUUUUGGUCAUUCUUCUGGGAGAUGGCUGAAACUGAGAGCUGGAUCCGAGAAAGAGAGCAGAUCUUCUCAUCACAAGAUUAUGGGAAAGAUAUUACCAGCAUUAUGAUUCUGCAAAACAAACAUAAAACACUGGAAGAUGAAUUAGUUGGUCUCAGGACUCAGUUGCAGCAAACGAUUAAACUGGGCAAUGAUAUGAUUACAGAGAACCACUUUGCUUCACCUGAGAUCAAGAAACGCAUUGAGGAAGUCCUUGCGAUGUGGAGGGAUUUGGAGGAAUUGGCGGCUUUCCGCAAGCAAAAUCUUCUGCAUGCUCAAAGCUUCUUCCAGUAUCAAGUGGAUGCAGAUGAUCUCAAAACUUGGUUACAGGACACUCACCGUAUUAUGUCUUCAGAUGAUGUCGGCCAUGACGAAUUUUCAACACAGACACUGGUGAAGAAACAAAGAGACCUUACAGAUGAAAUCAUGAAGUCUGCGACAGCAAUUGAUGGUCUAAAUAAACAGCUUCAGAGCCUCCCAGAUGAAUUCAGAAAAUUACCAGAGAUAGUGGACCGACAGAGGGAGAUAAAGGAGCUCUAUACAGACCUUGUGGCCCUAUCAGAUCUACGGAGGCAACAGCUCCAGGAUGCUCUUGCUCUCUAUGUGAUGUUUCGUGAAGCUGAUGCAUGUGAUUUGUGGAUGACUGAGAAGGAGAAGUGGCUGGAGGGAAUUGAUAUUCCAAAUAAAAUAGAGGAUUUGGAAGUAGUACAACACAGAUUUGAAACCUUGGGACAAGAAAUGAACAAUCUGGAGUCUCGGAUCAAUGAAGUAAAUAAAGCAGCAAACCACCUGAUAGAGAGUGGCCACCCCAGCACUCGGGAAGUUAAAACAUGUCAGGAUCAUGUGAACCAAAGAUGGACGAUAUUCCAGAAGUUAUUUGGAAUGAAGAAGAACAAUGUGAACUCUGCAUUAUGUCUUCAGAAUUAUUAUCUUGAGUGUGAUGAGACGAAAGUCUGGAUCUGUGAGAAAAACAAGCUCAUUGAAUCAACUCUGGAUCUGGGAAAUGACUUGGCUAGUGUUAUGACUAUUCAAAGGAAAUUGAGUGGGAUUGAGAGGGAUCUGGCUGCCAUUGAAUCCAGACUCCCCGAGUUGCAGAAAGUAGCUCAUACAUUGGCAGAUGAAUAUCCUAAUCAUGCUCCUGAAAUCCUGAAAAGGCUUAAGGAAAUCAAUGAUGUUUGGGAUGAGUUGAAACACACUGUUCAAGGUCAUGAGGAAUCACUUGGUGAGGCAAGCAAAUUGCAGAAAUUUCUGCAAGACUUAGAUGACUUUCAGCUGUGGUUAUCCAAAACACAAAAAGCUAUUGCUUCUCAAGAAGAGCCGAACUCCUUACCUGAAGCAGAAAUGCUCCUCAGGCAACACAAUGCCAUAAAAAAUGAGGUCGAGCGCUAUGAGGAAGAUUACCAAAGGAUCAGAGAUAGCGGAAACAUCAUAACUCGGGAAGAAACAGACCCACAGUUUGAAAUAUUAGAACAGCGAUUGAAGGGAUUGGAGACUGGUUGGAAAGAGCUUCAACAGAUGUGGGAAAACAGAAAAGAUCUUCUCUCUCAGUCUCAUGGAUUUCAGCAGUUCCUCAGGGACAGCAAACAAGCAGACAGCAUUCUCACCAAUCAGGAGUACAACUUAAUGCAUGUUGAAAUGCCAAAAACCUUGGAGGCAGCUGAAGAUGCUAUUAAGAAGCAAGAGGGUUUUAUGACAAGCAUGGAUGCCAAUGAAGACAAAAUCAUUGGGACAAUUGACGAAGGAGAAAAGCUCAUUAAAGAUGGAAAUACUUUUAAAGACAAGGUGGUUGACAAGGUCAAAUCUAUCAAUGAAAGGUACAAAAAUAAUAGGAAGCAAGCUGAAGAGGUGACUGCACAUCUUAAAGAUAACCGAGAUCUUCAGCAUUUCCUACAGAACUGCCAAGAGCUUACUUUUUGGAUCAAUGAGAAGAUGUUAACAGCCCAGGAUACUACUUAUGACGAAGCUCGCAAUCUUCACACAAAAUGGCAGAAACACCAAGCAUUUAUGGCUGAGCUGGCAUCAAACAAGGAAUGGCUGGACAAAAUUGACAAGGAAGGAAAGCAGCUGAUGGAUGAGAAGCCAGGUUUUAAACCAGUUGUCUCGGAGAAACUGAAGGAACUGCAUGAUCAGUGGGAAAUCCUGGAUUCCACCACUAAAGACAAGGCUGACCGGCUGUUCCAAGCAAACCGAUCAGAGCUUUUCUCACAGGGCUGUGAAGACCUGAACAAGUGGAUGGAUGACCUGGAGUCACAGCUACAUUCUGAAGACUUUGGAAAGGACUUGACCAGUGUCAAUAUCCUGCUGAAAAAGUUACAGAUGACAGAAAAUCAAGUGGAAGUGCGACAGAAAGAGGUGGAGGAUCUUCUAAGUCAGGCCACAAUUCUCUCUCAAGAAAGACAAUUGGAGACUGAUGGGAAGGAAAAGAAAAUAGAGAAGAGAUUCUUACAGCUGAUGAGCCCACUGCAGGAACGGCGUCAAAGUCUUCUCUCAUCAAAGAAGAGCUUUCAGUUUUAUCGGGAUCUGGAAGAUGAAUCUCUUUGGGUGAAAGAACGGAUGCCCUUAGCAACGAGCACAGACCAUGGCCAGAAUUUGCAGGCAGUGCAGCUCCUAAUGAAAAAGAAUAAGACUUUGCAGAAGGAAAUUCAAGGGCAUCAGCCACGUAUAGAUGAUGUGUUAGAAAGGGGAGAAAAGAUGAUUGCAGAUCAAAGACCUGAUGCAGGUACUAUUGAAGAGCAAUUGGAAGAGUUAAAAGGAUUGUGGGAUAAGCUACAGGAAGAAGCAGAGAAAAGGCAAAAGCGACUGGAAGGUACAAAUGAAGCCCAGCAAUAUUAUCUUGAUGCUACAGAAGCUGAAGUUUGGAUGAGUGAGCAGGAACUCUACAUGAUCUCUGAUGAUAAACCAAAGGAUGAAGCCAGUGCAACUUCAAUGUUGAAGAAACACAUGACUGUGCAACAGGCUGUAUUGGAUUAUGGAAAGACUAUUCAAGAGCUUGCUGACAGGGCCCAGAAGCUUCUUGCUGAAGACCACCCAGAGGGUGAACAGAUCAUUAGGCGUCAGGGGCAGGUGGACAAGCUGUAUGCAGGACUCAGAGAUCUAGCAAGUGAGCGUAACAAAAAAUUGGAGGAUAUGCACAAUCUCUUCCAGUUGAACCGUGAGGUAACGGACCUGGAGCAAUGGAUUGCAGAAAGGGAUCUAGCAGCAUCUUCACAGGAACUAGGACAAGACUUUGAUCAAGUUACGAUGCUGAGGGAAAGGUUCCGCGAGUUUGCCCGGAAAACAGGGUCAAUUGGUCAGGAGAGAGUGGACAGUGUGAAUAAUCUGAUUGAUGACCUUAUUGAUUCGGGUCAUUCAGAGGCAGCUGACAUUGCAGAAUGGAAGGACAACCUGAAUGAAGCAUGGGCUGAUCUGCUGGAAUUGAUAGACACAAGGACACAGCUGCUGGCUGCCUCCUAUGAACUCCACAAAUAUUUCUAUGAUGGUAAAGAGCUCCUGAGCCUGAUCCAGGAAAAGCACAAGGAGUUGCCAGAGGAGCUUGGCCGUGAUGCAAACACAGCAGAGUCUUUCCACAGGAUGCACAAUGCAUUUGAACGUGACAUUCAUUCCCUGGGAAUACAGGUUCAGCAGUUCCAAGAUGAUGCAGGACGUUUGCAAGCAGCUUAUGCAGGGGACAAAGCUGCAGCAAUCCAGAAACAAGAGCAAGAGGUGGUUGAGGCCUGGAAGGCACUUUUGGAUGCUUGCGAUGGUCGGCGCACCCAAUUAAUUGAUACCGCUGAUAAGUUCCGCUUUUUCAGUAUGGUCCGGGAUUUGAUGUCGUGGAUGGAAAGUAUUGUAAGGCAGAUCGAAACGGAAGAAAAACCACGUGAUGUCUGUUCUGUGGAGCUACUGAUGAAGUACCAUCAAGGAAUCAGAGCAGAAAUUGAUGCCAGAAACAGAAAUUUUGUGUCCUGUAUUGACUUGGGCAAGAUGAUGUUGGCCCGCAAACAUCAUGCUUCUGAAGAGAUUAAAGAGAAGUUGGUACAACUCACAGAGAACAGAAAAUUGAUGAUGGAUAAGUGGGAUGAACGCUGGGACUGGUUACGCCUUUUACUAGAAGUAUGUCAGUUUGCAAGGGAUGCUUCAGUUGCUGAAGCAUGGCUGAUUUCUCAGGAGUCCUAUCUCAGCAGCCGUGAUAUUGGCAACAGUGUGGAUGCAGUUGAAAAGCUGAUCAAGAGACAUGAGGCAUUUGAAAAAUCAACAGCUACAUGGGAUGAGAGGUUUGGUGCACUGGAAAGACUCACCACUUUGGAGUUACUGGAGGUUCAGAAAAGACAAGAAGCUGCCAGGCAGAGCAAGGAAGCCCAAGUACAGCCUGAGGCACAACUAGAUCCUGAACAAAAAAUACCUGAUGCAACUCAUGAAGAGAAGGCACAGAAAGAGGGGUGGAACAUGGAAGUUCAGGAGGCAGCAGAAAUAACCCCUCAUGUAACAGAAGAACCAUCACUGGCAUUUUUCUUCACGGCUGUCUGAUACGAACAUUUCAACUCGAGCACAGGGAAACUCUUUAUAUUCUGAUUGUUUUUGCUGCUCUAAAAUAUGCAGCAAUUUAGUUAUUAAAUAUUUUGUAUUCAGUAAUUAGGCAGUUAAAGAUUCUGCAAAUGAAUAGUCAUAUAGAGUGUAGAACACAAAGCCUGCAUACUACAGGCUCUUUGGCCCACAGUAUUGUGCCAACCAUUUAAUCUAACCCUUCACUUCCACAUAGCCCUACAUUUUUCUUUCAUCCACGUGCCUAUCUAAGAUCUCUUGUAUGCCCCUGAUGUAUCUGCCUCUACCACCACCAAUGGCAGUGCACUGUCUUCACCACUGCGUUUUGAAAAAAUCUGCCUAUGACCUCUCCCCUACAUUCUCCUCCCUACACCUUAAAAGUUAUUUGCCCUCAUAUUCCCCUCAAGUCCUGAUGAAGGGGCUCAGCCUGAUACAUUGACUGUUCACUCUUUUCCAUAGAUGCUACCUGGCCUGCCGAGUUCCUCCAGAAUUUUGUGUGCGUGGGUUGAAUUUCCAGCAUCUGCAGAUAUUCUAUCGUCCCCUUGUAUUAGUCAUUUCUACUCUGGGAAAAACUCUCUGGAUACCUACUUGAUCUAUGCCUCCUAUCAUUUUCUACACCUCUCUCAAGUCACCUCUCAUCCUCCUCUCCUAAAAACACCCGGCUCACUCAACCUAUCCUCAUAAAAUAUACUCUCUAAUCCAGUCUUUGUCAUGGUAAAUCUCCCCAGCACCAUCUCAGAAGCUUUCCUUUCCUUCCUAUAAUGCGACGGCCAGAACUGAACACAAUAUUCCAAGUGCGGUCUAACCAGAGUUCUAUAGAGCUGCAACAUUACUCUGUGGCUCUUGAAAUCAAUCCCCCAACCAACGAAGACUGACACACCACUGGCCUGCAGUACUUUGCAAUGAACUUUGAGGGAUUUAUGGAUAUGAACACUAAAAGGAACUUUGUUCUCCACACUGGUAAGAAUCCUGCCAUUAACCCAAUAUUCUUCACAUUCUUCAGACGGAACUGCUGUCUGCCACUUCUCAGCUCAGCUCUGCGUCCUAACAAUGUCAUAUUGUAACCUACGACAACCUCCUAUCCUAUCCACAACUCCAGCAAACGUCGUGUUAUCUGUAAAGUUACUAACCCACCCUUCCACUUCCUCAAAGUAAUUUAUAAUAAUGAAUGGAUGAGAAGAGCAGGAGUACCAGAACAGAUCCCUGCAGAACAUCACUGGUUACUGACCUCCAGGUAGAAUAUGCCCUAAGUGCUAUCCCAUUCUACCUACCAUGGGCUAGCCAGUUCUGUAUCCACACAGACAAGUGUCCCUGGAUCCAAUGAAUCCUGACAUUUUGAAUAUGUCUACCAUAGGGAACCUUGUCAAAUGCCUUACUAAAAUACACCACAUCCACUGCUCUGCCUUCAUCACUGUUUAUUUUUUCACUUCCUCAAAGGGUUCGGUCCUGCUUGUGAGGCAUGAUCUGCUACUCACAAAAACACGCUGACUAUCCCUCAUCAGACUAUGCUUCUCCAAAUGCUCAUAAAUCCUGUUUCCAGGAAUCCUCUCCAAUAGCUUGCCCCAGCACUGAUGUAAGACUCACUGGUCUAUAAAUCCCAGAUUAUCCCCGUUACCUUUCUUGAACAAAGGAAUAACAUUUGCCAUCUAUCAGUCCUCUGGUACUACUCCUAAGCCAGUGAGGAUGCAGCAAUCGCUUCCCUCACUUCCUGUAGUAACAUCUGGUAUAUUCCUUCCAGCUCUGGGGAUUUGUCUGUCCUAAUGUUUUCCAAAAGUUCAAGUACAUCCUCUUUCUGGAUGUCAUCACGUUCCAGCAUUUCAAUCUGUUCACAUUCAUCAUGGUCCCUCCCACUCAGGUGAUCCCAACCUGGCAUCUACAGACCCUUCAGUAAAUGGUAAAGGUCCAUGGCAUCAAAAAGGUUGGAAACCCCUGUCACUGGGGAAUACUGAAGCAAAAUAUUCAUUAAGGACCUCCCCUCCAUCCUCCAAUUCCAGGUAUACGUUACCUCACUAACCCUGAUCUACCUUAAUUUUGGCCAUCCUCCAGCUCUUCACAUAUAUGUAGAAUGCCUUGGGGUUUUUUCUUUAAUCCUACUCACCAAGGCCUUCCCAUGCCCCUUCUAGCUCUCCUAAGUCCAUUCUUCAGCGCCAUUAAAGCUACCUUGUAACUAUCGAGACCCUCGAUCUGAUCCUUGCUUCCUAAACCUUGAGUAUGCUUCUUUCUUCAUCUUGACAAGAUCGGUUCCUUCACCCUACCGUCCUUUCCCUGCCCCAAUGGCACAAACCGGAACCCCAUACAAGUACUUCCAAAAUAAAUUGUUCAAUUUAAUAUCAGAGAAUGUAUGCAGUAUACAACCUGAAACUCUUACUUUUUGCAGAUAUCCAUGAAACAAAAAGAAACCCUAAAGAAUGAAUGACGGAAAGACCAGAACCACAAAGACCCAUCCCUCUUCCAUGCACAAGCAUGACCCUCCUCCCCCUCCCUCAACCCCCACUUGCACCUGCAAAAGCACCGAACCUCCUACCCACCACCAUGCAAGCAACAGCAAAAGCUCCCAAAGAGACCUUGGUCUAGAGUCCAUCAAAAAUCUACAGCCCACUUUGGUAUCUCAGAGAGGCACUCUCUCACCAGCGAGGGAGAGAGAGAUCACUCCUGCAUCAAGAGGAUCACUGUUACGAAGUUACAAUCUUCCACGUUGCUUCUCUGAGCCCCCUGACUUGAGGUCCGACAGGCUUUCACUCACCAAAAUGAGAGAGGGGGAAAUCACUCGAGUACAAGGUCUUCUUCCGACAGCAGUGCAUACCUCCUGCUGUCUCGAUGCUUCAGUCUCCCGCCACACUUCAGUCGACAACAUCUGCAACCCCCACAUUUUGAUCGUGCUAUUCCAUUGUAUAUUUCCUUGAGAACAUCCGUUCACAACUUACACUCCCAAUUUCCUGUCUAAUGGCAUCAUAAUUUGCCAUCCUCCAAUUAAGUACUUUCCCCUACCAUCUGCUCCUAUCCCUGUCCAAGGUCACCACCUCUGAAAUGCUCACCCACCAAGAGAUCUGUCACCUGACCAGAUACAUUGACUGGUACCAAAUCCAGCAUGGCCUCUCCUCUAGUUGGCCUGUCUACAUACUCUAAUAGGAAUCUGUCCCAAACACAGCUAGCAAAUUCCAUCCUGUCUGCACUGAGGACGUGCCAAUCAAUAUUAGGAAAGUUGAAGUCACUCAUGACAACAUUUUUGCAUCCUUUCAAAAUGUGACCCCCGAUCUGCUCCUCUGUUGUCACGGGAGUGGGGGUGGGGGGGGGGUCUAUUGAAUACUCCCAAUCCAGUGAGUGCUCCCUUCCCGUUUCUGACAUCCACUCACACUGACUCAGUAGACAAUCUCUCCAGGACAUGCUCCCUUUCUGCGACUGCUUUAUCCAUGAUUAGCAAUGCCACUCUCUCACCUCUUUAACCUCCGUCCAUCGCUUAGGAAAACUGUAAACCCCAGCAGCCAUUCCUGCCCUUUCAACUCCCAUGUUUCUGUAAUGACCACAAUGUCGUAGCUCCGUAUACAUCACCCUUAUUUCUUAUAUUUCUCACAUUAAAAUAGACACAUUUCAACCCCUCCAAUUAACUGCAAUUAUGCCCUUUCCACUGCCUAUCCUUCCUCUCAGUCUCUCUGCCGGCUGUAUUUGUCAUUGCCCCACCCUCUGACCUAUCCCUUCAGUUCCCAUUCCCCUGCCAAACUAGUUUUAACUCUCCAACAGCUCGAACAAAUCUGCCCACAAGGAUAUUUUCCCCUCAAGUGUAACCUGCUCCUUUUGUACAGCUCAUACCUUCCCCAGAAGAGACCCCAAGGAUCCAAAAAUCUGAAACUCUGCCCUCUACAACAAUACUUCAGCCCACAUUCAUCUGCCAAAUAAUCUUGUUCUUUGUAAAUGGCUUCAUAGAAUCUUGAACCAAACAGGGCCAUGCACAUGCCAUCUCUUUGAAAGGUCUUUUCAGCAUUCUUCCAUACUGUCGCGUUUUCCCCGAAAGAUGCAGAUUAAUCCUCUUCUCGAACGUGUCCAAUUACUAUUAAAGCAUUUCCAUUGAAUCUCAUUGCACUAUGAGAGCAGAUCUGAAGAUUUUUCAGGGUAAUAAAAUAACUGCUCUUUUCCCCAGUCUUUUAAAAUAAUUUUUUUGCCUAUCAGCUCUGACUAUCACAGAGGAAAUAGUUUCUCACUUUUUGCUGUGUUGAAGCCCCUUACAAUUUUUGGGCAUUUUUGAAGCUCUCACCAGUGUUAUCUGUGCAAGGCGGGCAAUGAAUGAUAGGUUCUUCAACUUCCCUUCCCUGAUAUCAUCCUGGUAAACCUCUGCAUCCUCUCCAGCGCCUGACUGCUGCUCCUGAAAUACAGAGCAGGAACUGUACAUCCUGACUAAGGCCUGGUCAGAGACGAUCAUCUCCUUGUUUUUGUGUGAAACACUCCUUUUUACAUAGAUAGCUUAACGACUCCUUUUAAACCUCUCCUACUAUGUUCAACGAAAAUGAGGUUGUUUCCCCAAAAUCUUCGUGAAAGAAUAUUAAUGCAUCAUUUUUCCACCAGCUUUCAUUGUUAAUUGCAUCCAAAACUCAAUCAGGAUUGUCAGAUAUUACUGACCCUCUAGAACAUCCAUACUUCUUAGUUAAUGCUUCCCUCAGAAAUGAUCUCAAGGGGCUUUCCACCAUUGCCAUUAAAUUAAUUGCCUAUUGUUGCAGCCUUCCUUUUCUGUUAGUACUUGAAAGGCUAUGGACAGAAAGUUUUCUAGAUCCAUUUGUGCUGGCCUAGAUGUGACCCAUCCGGACAGGGUCACAUUACCUUUGAGUGAAGCUAAUAUAUUUAAGGCCUCCCUUUAAUCUAUUUUUAUCUCAACGCUUUCUCCCUCUGCUCUGACAUCAAAGAUAUUCAAUUCUGUGAAGAUGGAUGCAGAGUAUUUUGGUUUAGUUUACUCUCUGAAGUUUUCCUUUUUUGAUUUAAAUUAACCCUAUUACUCUUUGUUAACUUUUGAUUGAUGUGAUUAUUUAAAAUGGGUCCCUCUUUCAUAUUAUUAACUGAUCUUUCCUCACACAGUUCUUGUCCAUUUUAUAUUGAUUACUGUUUCCUCUACACCCCCAUGUCCUUUUGUAUUUUGAGAGUAUACAACAACACAGCUAGACAAAUGUCCUCUUAUUCUGUUCUUCCUCCAAGAGUUUCCCCUUCUCACUGCCCAUUCCCUGGGUCCAAAGUGUUGAAGCUGCUCCACGUUUCAACACUGCUAUUUCAGUAGCUAUUCUCUUCCAGUCCUCCUUUUACCCUGUCGUGUAACUAAAUUCAGCAGGGGCAAGAUGUUUAGCUGAGAUUUUGAGUAUGAUCACUGCAAUGCACAGUGACACAUUUAAUUUUAUUAAUCAGAAUCAGGUAUAAUAAUAAACACAAAUUGCAUGACAUCCGCCGGUGAUUACAAUUGCUAGUUAAGAACUCCUUAGAGUGGAGGGAAAGCAUAAAGGGGGCCAUGGUGGGUAGCAGUUAGCAUGACACUAUUAUAGCUUAGGGUAUUGGAGUUCAGAGUCAAUCCCAGCGUCCCCUGUAACGAGUCUUUACGUCCUCACUGUGGAAUGGGUGGAUUUUCAUUGCGUGCUUGAUAAAUAGAAGCCAAAAUCUUUAUAGAAGAAACUACAUGCGUCAAUCAAUGGUAAACACCAAAUCUGGAAAACCCUGCCAUGGACUUACAAAGGUGGGUACCCCAACAGGAAAAUAGGUAAGUUUUUUUUUAGCUCUUCUAAGUAAAUUGGGAAGAAAUAUUGCAGGAAGUUUUAGUGAUGGCAUCCUGUUGCAUUCUGAGUUGCAAGUGCAAGGAGAAUAAAAGGAAAUAAUUUUUCUUUUAAAUGCCAGCCUUUAAAUAAAGAACAAUGAGUCUACUGAAGUUAGUCUCCUUUCACUUUCAUUCAGCAGACCACACCUGCCUGUAAUUUGUCAACAGAUGCUGUAUCGUGACAUAAAGCAUAAAAUCAAUGAUGAACUGAACUGUUAUGUGAACUUGAUAUGUUUCCCUUGAAUUAAUAGAUUUCCUGUGACAGCAGACUGAACUAAUCCAUAGGGUGCAUUUGUAUUUGGAACAGCAAGAAGGUCAUGAAAAGAAGUGCAAAGAUUGGGACCAAGUUGAUUCCAAUCUUUAUGAAUCAACAUAAGAAACGAGGGGAAGUUUGCACAUUUUCUCCACAAAAGGAGAAGACUUUGAGAUUUCAAGAAUAUUUUGUGAUCCAAAACUCAUAUUAAGAACCCCUAAAUAAUCUCAUUUCAUGAUUUGAAAAGUCUGUUAACAAUUUUUUCCAGGCACUCACAUAACCUUUUAGCAACACUAACAAAAAUAAAAUCAUUGUAUUUUCCAUUUACCAAAAAUUUGUGAUAUUUGCAACAAGAAAUCCAAACUAAUAAAUAACCCGGAGGUUACUAUCAGUAAUAUUUACAAAGAAACUCCAACAUGUUUACCUUGUGUAUAUUUUAACACAUUUAUCAGCUUGCUAAUAUUUUAAAUGCCUGUGCUAAAGCAGGAAGCAAUUUAUUAAAUGCUUGCUAAUAUUACCAACUGUAUUUUCUUUGUUGGCUGGUUACACAUGCAACAGCAUAACUCCAUGAUUAAAAUUAGAAAUGCUUGUUGUAAAUAAACCUCUUUGAUAUUUGGUCACUACUAUACAUAGAAACUACAGUUCAUUUCCUUGAUUCCACUGAUUUCCUGACAUCCAAGUGCAGGAAUUUCCAAGGUUAAGUAGUAGUGGUGGUGUCUCAGCAGAUGUGGGGGUUACAGCUAAAGCUGAAAUUAAAAUGUAAUGUUGUGAGGUGGAUGUUCCUUUGUGCUAAUUUUGACUUAGUAAGUGAACACCAGAGCACAGAGCCAUUGAGAAAUGAGUGAGGCAGGAGGAUCAAAAGGGAAUGAAGACCCUGGGCAAUUUUAAAGGAUAACUUACCUUCAGACAUAUUAAGUGAAUAUUCACUGUUACUCUAUAAACACACAAUGCUUUCUUCCUAUUUUCAGUAAAAGCUGUACACUUUCAGUUAAAAUAAUUAAAAUGCAGUUCAUUUAAUAAACAAAGAAAUGCCAUGCUGACAUAUUAACACUAAGAUCAAUAGCCACUGAUGUGAGAACUAUUUUAUAUUUUGUUGGUUUGGUUGCAUUUUGGUAAAGCUAACUAUGAGCUGAAAAUAUACAAUUCCAGGAUUUUUCUUGAUGACGUGGAUCUCUGAUGGUUGUUUUUUUGAUCACCAAAUCAGAAUUAUUGAGUUAAUUCAAAAACAAUAGAGGUCAU